AUGAAGGACCAGGCCGACUACUCGCUCUACCUGGUCACCGACAACACUCCGGCCAUCCUGCGCGACCGCGACCUCGUGUCCGUCGUCCGCGCCGCCGUCGAGGGCGGUGUGACCAUUGUCCAGCUGCGCGACAAAACCAGCGACACGGCCAGCCUGGUCCGCAUCGCGAAGGAGCUGCAUGAGGUCACCAGUGAAUACAACGUGCCCCUUCUGGUCAACGACCGUGUCGAUGUCGCCCUGGCCGCCGGCGUCGAAGGCGUCCACAUCGGCCAAGAUGACAUGGACCUCACCACCGCUCGCCGGCUGCUCGGCGACAAUGCAAUCAUCGGCGUAACGGCAUCCUCGGUCGAGGAAGCCGUCAGGGCAGCCAAAGACGGCGCUGACUACCUGGGCCUGGGAACCAUCUUCGCCACCCCAACAAAGGAAAACACCAAGUCCAUCAUCGGCACUGCUGGCCUGCACGACAUCCUCCACGCCCUCGGCGAGCAGGACGACAUAGCCAACAUCAAGACCGUCUGCAUCGGCGGUCUCAACGUGUCCAACUGCCAGCGCGUUAUUCUCCAGUCCACCUCUCAGUUCAAGGCGGUCGACGGCAUCGCUGUCGUCAGCGCCCUCAUUGCUGCCGACGACCCCAAGGAUGCGGCUGAGAAUUUCCGCAAGCUGGUGCGGUCACCGGCGCCCUUCGACACCCAGCAGCGCCCGCUGUACCACGGCACCCAUGAGGAGAUCCAGGAGCGCGUGCCGCCGGUCGUGGAAGCGCUCGCGAAGGCCAACCCGCUGUGCCACAACAUGACGAACCUCGUGGUGCAGAACUUCGCCGCCAACGUUGCGCUGUGCAUCGGCGCCUCCCCAAUCAUGUCCAACAACGGCCUCGAAGCACCCGACCUCGCCAGCCUCGGCGGCGCCCUCGUCAUCAACAUGGGCACCGUCACGCCCGAAGGCCUCCAAAACUACCACGCCGCCCUCCGCGCCUACAACGCCGCCGGCGGGCCCGUCGUCCUCGACCCCGUCGGCGCCGGCGCCACCGCCCAGCGCCGCGCAGCCGUCAAGUCCCUGCUCGCAGCCGGCUACUUCGACGUCAUCAAAGGCAACGAGAACGAAAUCACCACCGUCUACCACACCUCCACCAACUCGCACCCGCACGAGCAACAACAACAACAACAACGCGGCGUCGACAGCAACCCCAGCAGCACCACCCCGCUCGAAGACAAAGCCCGGCUCGUCCAGCGCCUCGCCCGCCGCGAGAAGAACCUCGUCCUCAUGACGGGCGCCGUCGACGUCCUCUCCGACGGCGGCACCACCUUCCUCGUCCGCAACGGCCACUCCUACCUCGGCGCCAUCACCGGCUCCGGCUGCACGCUGGGCACCGCCAUCGCCGCCUUCCUGGCCGCGGCCCCGGGGGAGAAGCUCGUCGCCGCCCUCGCGGCGCUGCUGACGUACGAGAUCGCGGCCGAGCGCGCGGCGGCGCGCGAGGACGUGCGCGGGCCGGGGACGUUCGUGCCCGCGUUUUUGGACGAGCUGUAUGCGAUUAGGGAGGAGACGAAGGAGGGGGAGACGGCGUGGUUGGAGGCGGCGAGGGUGGAGAGGGUGGAGUUGGAGGAGAUUGAUUGA